UACUCCAUUCUCUCUCUUCUCUCUCUCUAAAACAACCAUCCAACCAGAACCAAUUAGGUACUAGUAGCUAGCUAGCUACAGCAAAAGAAACAAACGAUCGAGAGAGAGAGAGAGAGGGAGAGAGGGAAGAGCAGCAGCAGCAGCAGAGGCCAAGGAGCGAGGAAGAGGCUCGCCGACGCAGCAGAGAGAGAGGAGGAAGAAGGCGGAGGCAGCGGCACGAAGAGGGCAGCCGAAAGCUUCGUCUCGUCCCACGGAAAGGGAAGUCGGAUCGAUCGAUGGCCUCGUCGUCGGCGUCGUCGGUGCCGCUGUCGUCGGGCUCCGUGAUCACGGUGUCGUCGUCGUCGGCGGUGGGAGGGAGCUCCGGAAGCACGGGAGGCGCGGCGGGCGGCGGCGGCGGCGGCACGGGGUCGCCGUGCGCGGCGUGCAAGUUCCUGCGGCGCAAGUGCCAGCCGGACUGCGUGUUCGCGCCCUACUUCCCGCCGGACAACCCGCAGAAGUUCGUCCACGUGCACCGCGUGUUCGGCGCCAGCAACGUCACCAAGCUGCUCAACGAGCUGAGCCCCUACCAGCGGGAGGACGCCGUCAACUCGCUCGCCUACGAGGCCGACAUGCGCCUCCGCGACCCCGUCUACGGCUGCGUCGGCGUUAUCUCCGUCCUCCAGCACCAGCUCCGCCAGCUCCAGCAAGACCUCACUCGCGCCCGCUACGAGCUCUCCAAAUACCAGGCGGCGGCGGCGGCGGCGGUGGUCUCGUCGUCGAACGGGCCGCCGGCGAUGGCGGACUUCAUCGGCAGCACGGUGCCGAACUGCACGCAGAACUUCAUCAACGUCGGCCACACCGCAGCGGCGGCGAUCGGCGGGGCGGCGGCCGGUGGUGGGUUCGUGCACGACCAGUUCGCCACCGUGCAGACGAUGCUGACAAGGACCUACGACGGCGGGGAGAGCGCGGUGGCGAGGCUCGGCGUGAACGGGAGCGGCGGCGGCUACGAGUUCGGGUACUCGUCCGCCAUGAACGCCGGCGGGCCGAUGUCCGGCCUCGGGCCGCUCGGCGGCGGUACGUUCCUGAAGCCCGGCACCGCCGCCGGCAGAGGCGAGCGGCCCACCGCCGCGCAGUAGCGCCGCGGCCUGUUCAACUUCGAUCCGUGGGCAGGUAAAUGAAUUGAGGGCAAAUAACCAAGAGCUGAAGACUAAAUUGGUGAAUUAUUAAUAUCCUAAAGACCCUUAGCUAGGAGGGCUUAUGUUUACCACUUACCACCACUUUACAUGCAGAAGAAAAUGUGUUGUUAGCAAUACUGCUUGUUUAAAUUUGUUCAUGUUUAUCUCUUUUUUUUCCUCCAUUGACAGAGACGAACCAUGCAUAUGUACUAUCCUUAAUUAGUUUGUGGCUUGCUACAUUUGAGUGUGAAUUUAGACCGUUUGCAAGCAUA